UUGCAGAAAGCGCCGUGGUGUUUCUUGUUGCACAAAAACGGGAUAUUUUAAGACAUACGAGUGAUGCGCGUCCCGAUGAGAUUAUUAAGGCAGCGGUACAGCGGCCACUCGGAACUGCAGGGAUAAUUGAUAUAAAAAGAAACGGGAUUCAUGUCAAAGCGACGAAUGCCAAAAUACACCAAGACACCGCACCACAGGAAGAUCGUUUUACAUCUUAAUACGUCUCGCAAGCCCUCUGCCUUGGACCAAAAAGUGAACUGCUAUUAAAAGUGGUGUUUGACGGAAAUGUAUGAAGGCCAGGGGACACAACAGAGGAUCGGGACCCCAGGCAGAGAGUACGUCUGUGGCUGAUUUCUCUCUCCAUCAGGUAUCCGCCCACGCACUACAGGUGCCUUUGAGAUUUCAUGCGCAACCAAAUCGACCGACGACGUCGAAGGUUGCGUACUUCAAGAGGAAGUAUGCGGAAGAGGAAGACUUACAUAGGGAUUUUCAUGAAUACUUUCAGCAACACCUGAUACUGCCAGAGGAUCGGCACUGCAUUCUCCAGCUGUCCCUGGAGAAGCUUAGGUUCCUUGAAGACCCAGAGAUCUACCUGCGGCGGUCCGUGCUCAUCAACAACCUGCUGCGGAAACUGCACCGGGAAGAGGGGCGGGCCGAGGAGGGGGGGGCUGGGCCCUGUACUUGGGACUCUCCUCAGAGGCAGCACUACCCUGAUGCAAAGAGGCUGAAGGCAGUGGUGGCAGACUGCUGCACCCAGGUCUUUGCCUACGGUGAGGUACCGCGGUACCAUGUAGUGCCAGGCUGCCUCUAUGGGCACCCGCCUGACUGCAAUGCCCAGGUUCUGAUCUACAAACUGGGUGACAAUGGAUGAGCAGGUGCCCAGUGUAUGGUUAAAAAAAAACAGAACCGUGCGUGUUCAACAAUGACCAACGGCCAGAGAUACAAAUUGCCGCAGUGUGGGCUGCCUUCACUGAGCGCUUGUGCCAUCAGUCUCCUGCUUUCAAAAUGGAAACCACAACCUGUCAAGACGUUUUGACAAGCUCAGCACUUAGUGAGAGUACAGAUCAAGGGCUGGGUUUAGAGAGCACCUCUGUACUUCACUGCUACAGCACACUGGCAUCAUGAACAACAACUGUUGGCAGGCCUGCUUCACAGUCACUGCUAAUGCAAAUCCAGGAUUGCAGCUGGGGCUGCAGCUGCAGUUUCAGGGAUAUAUAUAUAUACAUACAUAUAUAUAUAUGUCUAUAUAUUUUUGUCAACAUAGCUAUUCUGACCAUGCAUAUAUUUUACUAAAAUGACUUUUAAAAUUGUGUAAAAUUGCAAGUUUACCUUAGCUUUAAAACAAAGUGCAGGGGCUAUGUACUGUGGCCUGUCAUGCGUUUUUUUGUAUAGAUAUCUUUGUAUAUUUACUACAGCAAGAGUUUUAAUUGAAAAAUGAACAUCCUGACCCCUGGCGGCAUAUGUGAAACGAUACAUUAAUUUAGAAGUGAAUAUGAUCAGGUUUGCAUGUUUGUUACCUUGUGGUGGUUAUCAUUUAAUAUCUGUUGUUCAUGCGUUGGAAGGAACUAGGGAGUGUGAAGCAGUUUGUGCCCGAAACGAGAUCCAGACAGAUACACAAUUUAUUUUCCACUGGUAAUCAUUCUUGUGUGCGUUUGAUGCAACUUUAUUUGGAAAGGGCUCGAUGUUGCCCUCUAUUGGCUUGGCGUCACUGAACAAGGAGAAUGUUACACAUAAGACGCCUUCAAAGUGGGCGUCCCAGCAACUUUUGAUAUUAACCGUUUAAUUUGUUCAUACGUGUAUCUGUGUGAUCGUUAUGUUGUCUGCUGUCCUAAAGUCAAACUCAGAAUCAUCAGAAAAAUGUCAUAUUUGCGAGAUCUGUGGCGUUUUUUUCCACAAUUAAAAAAAUUGAAACGCUCCGGAUCGUACUACUUUCCCAGGCUGUAUACGAUACCUUAUCGGCGCAUCUCGGUGACUCGUCGGUAGAAUUGCGUUUGCAUAACUGCAGAUUAGCUUUGUCGGCUGGAUAACGCUUGCCAGCUUAAUGUUUAGUUAAACGUGGGACCGAUUGCAUUAAGAUAUGUAUUAAACGUGUCCGAUUACUCAGAGCCGCCUCCUAUAUUUAUAGUUACCAGAAGGCUAUGAGCUGAAUAUUAAAAAAAUGUCUCAAUCGGAGUGUUUUCUUGGCAGGCAGUUGAUGUCACCUGUUUUGUUUACAAUAGUAGACUUAAUAUUGUCGAUUGACCAUCUUUGGCUUCGCACCUCUGCCUCUCUCUUAAUCCCAGGCCUAUUUUACGACCCAAUCUGGAGACUGAUUCUAACUGACCUUUAAUGCGACCUUAAGCUGUCAUUGUAAGCCUAAAGCUAUCUUUGAGGUUCUUGUUUCUGCACUGUCGACACAAACAACGCGAAUUCAGCCGUCUCGCAAAGUUUAAAACUGAGUGAUAUUAAAAUCAUGCAUUUAUUGCUAUUUGGUUUACGCAGCCUGUCUGUUUUUGUGGAGCUUUUAUUUUUGUGGAAAAUGUUGGUCUUGAAUAAAUGCUCGAAGGUAGGUUAAUAUGAUGUGCCACAUAAGAGAAACGCUUUGACAGAGACGGAUUUUUUUUGUUGAGGGCUUAAAGGCAUGAUCUUUACCUGUUAAAAUGUAAUACUGUAGCGCCGGAGCCGCUAACCUUUCCACAGUGUUAUUUGCAUUUCCCAUCAUGCAAAGCAGCACUCCUUGUAUUUCAUUUAUGCCUAAAUAGUGGCCCACCGUGAGGGUGUGCGGUUCAGUUAGAACAGGGUACAAUUCAUUGGGAAGAUUUGUUGUCUUAGAAGCAGUGUGAUAAUCGGGCUGUUUUCGUAAUUAUAAUAAUACCAGAUUACAAAAAAAUACAUGGCCGUGUUUUUUGCUUUACCUUCCUGACGCUAUACUAUUAAUGUUGUAUUUAAAUAUUUGAAAAUUAACGUUAUUUACAGAUGUACAGUGUUUGUACGAUAUUACUUCUCUAUUUUGAUAUUAAAGAAUAUUCCAUGUCAGUUUUCCUAAAUGACAAGUAGAACUGGUACAAAAUUAUAAAGACAAUUUUAAAAUUGAAGGGUUAAUGUCUACAUAAUUUAGUACAGCAAAAAAUAUUUUCGAGAAAAUGGGCAUAUUCUUCACUUAAUUUUGUUGCCAAAUGUUAGAGAAGUAGCAUCAAUGAUCUGCCUUAUUUUUCUGAGAUGAGCUCUAUAAAAUAAAAUUGAAUGUUCA